ACAGCCAGGGCUGUUACACAGAGAACCCCUGUCUUGGUAAAAAAGAAAAACAAGACAAACAAAAAGCCUCCCGCACAGCCAUACAUAUGGGGUGGGGUGUCCUGGGUGCAGCUAGAUCCUGUCCCAUCGACAACUGCUAUUAACCCUCACAUAAAGGAAGGAGAGCUUACCAGCAUUUUCUGUCUGGUUUGCUGGUGCUGGUAGCAGCUCGAACGGCCUCUGCCAUUCUGCUGUUUCAGUGACUUUGGACACAUGCCUGACCUCAAGAUCAAAUGUUGUCCCAUCAGUUGUAUGGAUGUUAGGGCAGCUUUGCAACUGCCUUGUGAAUGAUGGAGAAGCAUGGCUUCCUUUCUGCCCAGAAGGAACUGAAACUGACUUGCUUCCUCUUAUGGACCCAGGGGAUUCUCUUUCUUCAGGAAGUCCCCAGAUGACAUCAGUCCUUACUCUGUUCUUCUCUGUAUGUUUGUCUCUCUUCUUCCACAAAGAAUGUCCCACCCCGUGCCAUCCUCCUCCAGUUCCUCAGGAGGCUGGUAGAGAGUGGUCUGGGCAGUGUGGCAAGAACUGGGACCAGCACACAUAUCCUCACCAGCCGCAGGAGUGGAAGGCACAAGAGAUGAAGGUAGAGGAGGAAAUACAAGCGAAGUUGAGUACAAUGGCAGAGAAAGUAGGAAACGAAACCUGGAAAGAACGAAUGCUGGAUGAAUGUUGGAUGAACAAGAAGGACAUUUGUAGUUUGUGGCAAGAGCACAAGCAGGCGAAAUCAAACAGGCCAGUGGCCAGUUUUAUUUUUGGACUGGUACAGCACUACCAAAUAAUGUCAACAAUCCUUCCUUCCUUCAUGCAUUCGUUCAAAAGCGAGCAAACUUCACCUACAGUGCCACUGCAGGCUCUGUCCCAGUGCCAAGAACAAGCUGGUAUGACUUAGAUUCCCAUGGUUUCCCAGCAACAUCUACCCCCUGGCAGGCCUCCGGUUUGGGGAAAGCAGCCCCUGAUGUAGGGGUUCACUGGGAAGGUUGGUUUCAGAUUCUUUGUGUCAGCCGUCAGCAUAGCUGCUCAAAAGUGAGCAUGAUUUCUCACACACAGGAGUGAAAUCUUAUUGUUGUGUCCCCAUGUUUUGUCUUUGUGUGAGCCUUGGAGCCUCUCCACCACUAAGAGUGAGAAUUUAGUGUCAAGAGACAGAAACAAUGUUCAGUGACAGCACAAAAGCAAUAAACUGUUUUUUCCAACCCAUCAUUCUUCAGCCAUCUCUUUGGGUGAAUGCUGUUGGCUUUGUCUGUGAGGAAGGAACUACUACAAUGAAGAGAGAAGUUGGAAUAUAAUUUAGUGAUUUCCAAAAGGGGGUCAGAUUCCUGGCCUCUUUCUUCUUGGAGCUUUCUUUGGUAGAAGAUGUAGUUUUGAUACUAUGGUCAAUCAGCUGUGCUCUGCAAUGCUUGUAUAUCUUGCCUUAUUUUGAUCUGAUUCUAUGGUCACUUGCUAAAGAAUGCUUCCUGUUUCUCAGAAACCUGAAUGGCUCUGGUGAUGCUACAUUCUAAAGAAGGGUCCUUCAAAUUAGUUAGAGUCACCUUUAACCUGGAUUGUUGUCUAGCAUGCUCCUUUCCCUGCUGCUCCCCACCCC